CGUUGAUUCCUGGAGUUCGUGAUCGAAAUCCGUCGAUUCGGAAGCAGUUCGCCAAUGCGAUGUCGUACUUGGCGAAGUUCACAUCGCCGAAUCAGAUGAAGAAGUUGAUUAAGACGGUAGUGGCCGAUUUGCUCGGCAGUGAUGAGGAUCUCAAGACAUCCAGUUGCCACGUCAUCAGUAAUCUCGCUGCAAAUUCUCAGGAAAUGCUUAAAGGAUACACAUCACAAAUCGUGCCAUACGUUCUCCUGGAAAAGUGUCGAGAAGUGCCGAAAGAAGAUGAAAUCGCUCGAGAAAAGCAAGAAAAGUGGAAUGAUGUGUGGGCGGAGCUUGUGCCAACUACCAGCUCUGCUGUGCGGCUUUACAAGGAGGAAAUUCUGAAUUUGGCGAUCGAUUUGGUGACGAAUAAUGAAGUUUGGGCGGUACGGAAGCAGGCUGCCGUCAUGAUUCGUGUCACUUUCGAGAAUUUGAAGAAAGAUGCUGGAAUUGAUGUUGCCAAAAAAUCAGCUCUCUCCCUUCGCGAUACGCUCAACGGACGAAUUUGGGAUGGAAAAAUCGAGAUCCUGAGAGCUCUGACAAGUGCAUUCGAGGCUGGAGGCGCAGAUUUCAAGAGAAAUAUGUCCGCCACGGAGAUUGAGGACAUGGAAACAGUGCUGAGAAGAGAGGCGAGCAAAAAGAAUAUGGAAUACGCCGGAGCAGGUCUCGCAACGAUUGCCACGUGGGCAGUGAUCUCGGAAAGCGUCGAAUCGGCCACAUGGUUGGCGAAGAAAAUCGACGAGAAUGUGACGAAGCUGAUCGGAGCCCGAAACGACGCAGAUUCCGACGAUAACAUGGACGGUCUCUCAAAUCUGGAAAAAGAGAUUCGCGCGUCGAAGCUCGUCACCCUCAAUCUGACAGCUCUCGCGAUAUCACUGCCAGCAUUCAACAACGCAGAGGAGGCCGAGAGCACGCUGAGCCAAAUUGCCGGAUAUGUAAAGAGUACUGUAAUCGCGUGGAAAUCGAAGCAAUUCUUUUUCAAUGAACUCGCGAAAUCUCUUGAAAAAUGGACGCCACGGGAGCCAGUGGCCGCUGGGAAGCUGAUUGACAACAUUUUGGAGCAGGCCGACGAGCUGUGUGCUCAACAGAAGAAGACUGUCGCCACUGAUGCUCUCCAAGUUGUGCUUCGAAUCCAAGAAAGAUCCGAUCGAUUCGGCGUCGACAGGAACUCUGUUCUGGAUAGUGUGAAUAGAGGAGUCGCUGGAAGUGAAACCGGGUUGGGAAGCCGUUUCGAGGCGAAGAUGGACACUGAUUAAU